UCAGACCAAAUGCUGAAAUCUGACUUUUAAACCUUUCAAUUUGCUAAAAGCGUCGUGUCAAAUGUGCUUCUUUUUUUCUAUUUUGACAAAAUUUAAAAUAUAAAGUGCGAAUCGUCAUUAAUUCAAUGCAGGACUACUUUAAAACAACUAGUGAGAAUCUUUAACAUAUCUGUAAAGACCGACAGUUUUUUCAGUUUUACAUCCAAAUUUAAGUGGAUAAAAUGAAACUGUGCAAUUUCUACUAGGACAAAAAUUAAACUGGAAUAUCUAAAUUUUGCACAAACAAAAAAUUCAAAUAUGAAGACAAAACUACAGCUAUCUAGAACUCUAUGGCAGCGAGACUUAAGAUCUCCUAGUCUGAACAAUAUCUAAAAGUAAAGAAGCUACGUAACAUAACGUAAGUUGUACAAUAAAACUGCCGUGCCAUCAACAGUUCAAAACAAUGUGUUUGUACACUAGAAAACUGUUAUGCUGGUAUCUAGUUUGGAGUCUUAUUUUGUUAUCUUCAAGUAGUAAUGGAGGAAUUUGUCCAGCAAAAUGUAAUAACUGUAAAUCGGAUUCCGGUGGCAAUAUAAUUACUGCCAUGUGUAAAGAUGUUAAGAUCCCAGCUUUACCAGACACGCUGGAAGAAUUAACAGUAUCUGAUGCUAGUGGAAUGACGGCAAUUAUGUUCCAACAAUUUCGUACGUUUGUACUGAGGGGAAAGUCUGAAUUAACAAUGUUGAAGAUUCAGAAUUAUCAAAUUGCAACACUACAUGGUCAAUGUUUUCAGGGUUCCCCCUCACUUCUGACCCUUGAUUUAAGCAAGAAUCAGCUCAUACAGAUUUCAGAAGAAAACUUUGAAGGAUUACGAAAUCUUUCAUAUCUAAGUCUAAACCAAAACAAACUGACUAAAUUAGGCGACUUUGUGUUCCGGCAACUAACGCUACUUGAAAGCUUAAAUAUUGCCUUGAACACUCUGCAUGCAAUUGGAGAAAAUGAUUUUAAAGGACUUACCAACCUAAAAAAUCUUGACCUACAAUCCAAUCAGAUUGCUACCAUUCACAUUGCUGCUUUUCAGGGUCUUAAGUCUUUGCGUACGAUUAAUUUGAAAAAAAAUGAAUUAACAAGCAUUGGUCCUGGACUGUUUGGAACACUGCCAAAUCUCCAAACACUAAUUCUUGAAAUGAACAAAAUCAGGCACAUAGAUCCAGAAUCAAUGAUAAAUACCUCAAUAACUUUCUUAAACCUGAUGCAGAAUGAAAUCACAAAAAUGCCAACUAAAUUCCUCCAAAACAUUUCAAAUGAAAAUCUAGAUGUGAAUCUGGCCAGAAAUAAUAUAUCAAUGAUAGAUGCCGGAGAACUUCAAAGGAUUAUUUUGAAAACUCUGUAUUUAGUGCGUAAUUCAAUCAGCAUAAUCCAUGAAGAUGCCAUGUGUUACAGCUUUAUCGAAACACUUGACCUUCAACAAAAUCUGCUACAGCAUCUUCCAGAAGGCUUACAAAACUCCCUGAACCAAUCAAAUACUGUGUUACUUGAUAACAAUCCUUGGUCAUGUGACUGUGCUAUCCAAUGGAUGCAAAGCUUACUUAGAAAGGGUGUUCUUGAACCUCAGUGUGCACAACCACUGAGCUACCGUGGUCAAAAACUAUCCCAAAUUCUUCACGAUUUGGAAAUUUCAUGUGGAGAUAUGGCGACUUUACCUGUACCUUCGAGGCAUUUUCCAGUGCCACCCCGUCUAAAUCCUGUCACCCCUCACCUUGAGAAGAAAACUACAACAUGUCAGCAUACAAUAACAACAAGUAAGCAGACGACACCUCAAGCAAUAAAAACUGACGAAAAGGGAAACAACUCCACGAUUGCCAUCGCUGCAGGAACUGUGAUUGGAUUUAUUCUUCUUGUUGGUUUCAUAGUUUCUAUGGUGAUAUAUUUAAAUAUGUCAAAGGUCAAGGUGGCACCAGACUUCAGUAUAAAUUGCAAGAAGCCAGAUUUGAACUUUAGACCAAGACUGAAGUAUUUACCACAAAAUACUCAGUAUCAAGUGUGAACAUUGCCAAUAUCUGGUAUGAGAAUUUUCAGUAUCUAGUAUGAAAAUUUCCAGUAUAAACAUUUCCAGCAUAAAGUAUCAAGAAUUAAAAUUUAAAGUAUAAAUUUUUCCAGCAUAAAGUUUCUAGUAUGAAAAUUUAAAGUAUAAACAUUUCCAGCAUAAAGUAUCUAGUAUGAAAAUUAAAAGUAUAAACAUUUCUAGAUGUUAAGAACUUGAUGUUUUUUUCUCGUGAAAAAAUGAUUAUAUAUAAUAUUUGAAAAUGUAUGCUGAAUAUGAAGUGCUCAUAGAAGGAACAUUUAUACUGAUACCCCUAUAUACUGAAUAGCCUCAAUACCAACGAAAACGUUGUGGAAUUUUUUAAAUCUGUUAUUUCUUAAUAUAAUGAAGUUAUUCUGGACCAAGGUAAUUUAUCAACUGGGGUUGUGGAAGAUGAGGGGAGGGAGGGGGGAGGGACGGGGCAGAUGUUCUGCUUUUUAGAAUCCAUUUAAGACUGGUUCCGCUGUGACGAUCUGUUUGCAAGGGUCUGCGUAACUACUGUAUUAAAUAAACUGCUGGAUAAACUGAAACACUGACUGGAAGCUUCCCUGCAAACUGCUUUAAGUUUUAUGAAAUGAAGCUGGAAAUAUUUUUUUUUACCUACUCCCAUUAAGUAUAUCCUUCAGAAAAUAAACUUUUGAAGCUUUUCAAAUUUGUUUGUAUCUGUGACUGUAGUAUUACUGAUGUAACAUUUCCUAUUCCCAUUUAUUUUUUUUAAAAUAAAAACGAGAGAUAUUUGAAAAAAUAUAUUCUGUGACGUUUAAAUGAAUACUGAAUGUAUUAAUUUGUUCUCAUCAUUCAUGCUGGUUGCACCAACAAUGCAUAAUUUGUCCUCUUUCUGAGAUCUGCACCUUUCAUUAUUUCUGCACAAUUGAAAGGGAUGCACUCAGGUACACAGAUUUAUCUAUAGUGAA